AUGAUCGGCAAAGACCUAGUAAAGAAGCAAUUGGGAAAGGUUAUAGGCAAUGGAAGAUCAACAAAGGUCUGGUCAGACCCAUGGCUAUCUGUCUCGGAACCCAUCCAACCAAUUGGUCCUCCCACUAGAGAAGUGGAGAAUAUGCUCGUCUCUGAUCUUUUCAAGCCAAACUCUAUGGAAUGGGUGCAGAAGAUACCUAUGUCUGGCUUGGUACAGCUUCUGGUUGCUACCAGGCAAAGUCCGGCUAUCAUGCUACAAAUGAGACACAGUUACCACCAGCACAUGCCUAGCGAGAGCACGAAGGUUGCAGGCCUGGGCUGGCUUUUCCGGGACCAUGAAGAUCGGACUCUCUCCCAAGGAUCCAUGAUAACAUCGAACAUCUCCUCACCCCUAAUCGCGAAGGCUAUAACCGUCCGUGAAGCGUUGAUACACGGGAAAGCCUUGGGGUUGCGAUCCCUCAGAUUCACAAUCCCUCAUCAAUCUGAUCAAUACGAAGAGUCUGAAGCCAGAACUUUCCGGCAUCCUCUACGACAUCAAUCAGCUCUCAAUCGAUCUUUGCAUUUCUUUCUUUGA